GUCACGUCACUUCAAAUAACCUAUAAAAUAUGCAUAAAAAUAUUUGGCGGGUAAAUUUCCCUCUUAUUUUUCGCCCGCCAUCAGCAAUUGUUUGUGCCAGAGGUGUGUGCGUACUGAAUUUAUUUAUAUUUCCCUGAAUUAUAUCUCCAAAUUAAUACAAAAUGUUCGAAGCACGUUUGGUAAACAGCGUUACUUUCAAAAAAGUGCUAGAUGCGAUCAAAGAUCUUCUUAACGAAGCCUCUUUCGAUUGUUCGGAGGCGGGGAUUCAACUCCAAGCCAUGGACAACUCCCACGUUUCCUUGGUGUCCCUUGCCCUACGGUCCGAUGGCUUUGAUAAGUACCGUUGCGAUAGGAACCUGACGAUGGGGAUGAACCUUGCUAGCAUGUCAAAGAUCUUCAGAUGCUCGAGCAAUGAUGACACAGUAACCAUCAAGGCCCAAGAUGAUGCUGAUACAGUUACCUUCAUGUUUGAGUCAAAGAAACAAGAAAAGAUAUCCGAUUAUGAAAUGAAACUGAUGAAUCUGGACCAAGAACACCUUGGAAUUCCGGACACGGAUUUUUCAUGUGUAAUCAAGAUGCCUGCAGCUGAAUUUGCCAGGAUUGUCAGAGAUCUGUCACAGUUUGGUGAAUCCAUUGUGAUUUCUUGCACCAAAGAAGGUGUGAAAUUCUCCACCUCGGGUGAUAUCGGUAGUGCAAACGUAAAAUUGGCCCAGACCAGCAACUUUGAGAAGGAAGAGGAGGCAGUCAUCAUUGAGAUGCAAGAGCCUGUUACGCUAACAUUUGCCUGCCAAUAUUUGAACUCAUUCACCAAGGCAACACCUCUUGCUAAUCAAGUACAGCUGUCUAUGUCUGAUAAUGUACCUUUAGUUGUAGAGUACCAGAUUCCUGAUCUGGGACACUUGCGUUAUUACUUAGCUCCAAAAAUUGAAGAAGAUGAAAAUUAGUCUUAAGCAUUGUAUGUUGGUAUAUUUAUUUUAUUUUUAUAUGGGAGAAUUUCAGGACCUUCUGUGCCUUAUGGCUGUAGUAAGAUCUCUACUCAAAUGAAAAUAAAUACUUGCAAAAUGCAGCUGAUCAAGGAAGUUAUCUCAAAUUUUAAAAUAAGCAGUUCUUAUGUGGCCUGAAAAUAUACUUUGUGUUUUAUAACGUUUUAGUUGUAUAUCAAACCAUCAGUAACUGUUUGUCUACUUCUAUAUAUACAGUUAAGUUUAUAUAAUUAAACAUAUUUUU